CUCGCCGUCGCUUCUUGUUCUGCACCUGUUUGCGUGAUAGCUAAACCGCCUUGACCUGUCUCCCUAAUACCAUCGUCACCAUGCCACCAGCCACCGCCGAAAGCGCGUCGCCCAUUGGCAUUGCCAAUCUGCCGAACCAGCGCCACAAGAUCGUUGCGAAGCGAGGUGCUGCCUUUACUAUCAUGGUCGCUGGUGAAUCGGGGUUGGGCAAGACCACCUUCAUCAACACCCUCUUCUCCACCACCAUCAAGAACUAUGCCGACCACAAGCGACGGCACCAGAAGCAGGUCGACAAGACGGUCGAGAUCGAAAUCACCAAGGCUGAAUUGGAGGAGAAGUUCUUCAAAGUUCGCUUAACUGUCAUCGAUACCCCCGGCUUCGGCGAUUAUGUGAACAACCGAGAUUCCUGGAUGCCCAUCAUCGAGUUUCUAGAUGACCAGCACGAGUCGUAUAUGCUUCAGGAGCAACAACCCCGCCGCCAGGACAAGAUCGACCUCCGUGUCCAUGCCUGCCUGUAUUUCAUUAGGCCCACCGGCCACACCUUGAAGCCUCUGGACAUUGAAGUCAUGAAGAGACUCUGCUCGCGAGUUAACCUGAUCCCCGUCAUCGCUAAGGCUGAUACCCUGAGCCCUGUCGAUCUCGCUAAAUUCAAGGCCAAGAUCCGCGCCGUCAUCGAGGCUCAGAGCAUCAAGAUCUACCAGCCCCCGAUUGAGGAGGACGACGAAGCUGCUGCCCAACACGCACGAAGCCUCAUGGCCGCGAUGCCUUUUGCGGUCAUCGGCUCUGAGAAGGACGUCAAGACGGGCGAUGGCCGCAUCGUCAAGGGCCGUCAGUACUCCUGGGGUGUUGCCGAGGUCGAGAAUGAGGACCACUGCGACUUCAAGAAGUUGCGGUCGAUCUUGAUCCGCACCCACAUGCUCGACCUAAUCCAUACUACUGAGGAGCUCCACUACGAGGCGUACCGCGCUCAGCAGAUGGAAACCCGCAAAUUCGGCGAGGCCCGCCCCCGCAAGCUGGACAACCCUAAGUACAAGGAGGAGGAAGAGGCCCUUCGCAAGCGCUUCACCGAGCAGGUUAAGAUCGAGGAGCAGCGAUUUAGAUCGUGGGAACAGAAGCUCAUCGCGGAACGGGACCGCCUUAACAAGGACCUCGAACAGACGCACGCCCAAAUCAAGCAACUCGAGAACGAGCUCGAGCAAAUGCAAGGCAGCGUCGCCCGCAGCGGCCGUCGUUAGGGGAAACAAACGCCCGCCUAUAUACCCCGUUCACCUAACGAUACGCGCAGUUUCCUAUAGCAGCAGGUAAACGGCCUUGCGACUACUUGUAAGGGAGUAUGGAGUUAUGAAAUUGCCGAGGGCGUCUUCUCUUUUCGGC